UUAGCUUGAUUCUUUGAAAUGAUCCGCUAUCUUCAUUUUUUUGUCCAGAGGAGAUUUAAGUUGAUGGUCCUGUUGCUCCUUUUUCUCACCUUCAUUAUGCACUUUGCUCUAGAUAUAUCCUCAUAUUCCAUCAUUUCUUGCCCCUGUUCUUCUGACAACCACCCCAGAAGUAAGGUUCACCAUGUUCGAAAACCUCCUCCUGCGAGGGCGCUGCAGGACAUUAGCAGCAACAGCAAUAGUUCCACACAUGUAUCUUCGAUGGACAUCAUUCAAGGGAUUAAGGAAAAGCCUGCUGAAUUCCAGAUUUUAAAGAAAUCAGCAAAAGAAUAUUCUGGUUCAAAGCUGGAUGCUCUCUUCCGUCACCCUCUGUAUAAUACCCGUAUGCCAACAAUAAAGGAAGAAGACAAACUAUUUAAAGUUAAUCCUAAUGAAAAAUUUACUCUGAAGGGCAGCGGGAGUGACGAAUGGGUCAGUGCUGAUAUGCAGUUUGUCCUUCCAACAGGGCAAACCCCAGAGGACACUUACCCUUCAUGGCUGAAGUUUCACAUAGGGAUCAAUCGUUAUGAGCUAUACCCAAGACAAGAUCCACUCAUUCCUAUUCUGUUAAAAGAUUUGUCCUCGCAGCGUAUUCUGCAAUCAGUCCAGAUACCUGGUGGGACACAGCUCAAACUACUGAUGACCUUCCCCAACUAUGGACAAGCCCUCUUCAAACCCAUGAAACAAAGUCGAGACCAGGAGACCCCCGAAGACUUUUUUUACUUCUCAGAUUUUGAAAGACACAAUGCAGAGAUAGCAGCAUUUCACCUGGACAGGAUUCUGGAUUUCCGAAGAAUUCCACCUGUGGCUGGACGCCUGGUGAAUAUCACUAAAGAAGUCAGGGAUAUCACGACAGACAAGAAGUUAUAUAGGACUUUUUACAUAUCACCAGCUAACAAUGUCUGCUUUUAUGGUGAGUGCUCCUACUACUGCUCUAUGGAACACGGUUUGUGUGGCAAGCCCGACCUUCUAGAGGGGUCAAUGGCCGCCUUCCUACCAGAUAGUGCACUAGCAAAGAGAAAGUCUUGGCGGAGCCCUUGGAGACGCUCCUAUCACAAGAGUAAAAAGGCAGACUGGGAGCGGAAUCCUAAAUAUUGUGAAACAGUGAAAGUCACCCCACCUUAUAAUAAAGGGACUCGGCUACUGGAACUUAUAGAUCUAAUUGUCCUGGACUUCUUAAUGGGGAAUCAAGAUCGCCAUCACUAUGAGACUUUUGAGAAAUUUGGAAACAACACCUUCCUCUUGCACCUGGAUAAUGGACGAGGGUUUGGCCGUCACUCAUAUGAUGACCUUUCGAUUCUCGCUCCCCUCAAGCAAUGUUGCAGAAUUAAGAGGUCUACUCUACAUCGUCUGCAGCUUCUGUACACCGAACCUUAUCGUCUGAGCGAUGUCAUGCGAGAGUCUCUAUCUUCAGAUCCUCUCACCCCAAUCUUGACAGAACCUCACCUUACUGCCCUGGACCGCAGGCUGGACCUCACCCUUGACUUUGUGAAACAAUGCAUAAGGAGAAAGGGUUACCAACACGUGGUGCAUGAUGAUCUACCAACGUUAUAGCAAACACAUAAAGCUACAUUUCUUACCCUCCCAUAGAAAACACAAAAUGUCGACGCUGCCAUUGUAGACAUUUGUUAUUAGUUUCAUAUACAAUCCAUCCCACCUUUUACACUAGCCUUUUCAUUAGAUCUCAU